CUGCGUGUACCUGCAGCUGAGAAUGACCGCAUGGCUGCCCUGAGGUGGUCCAGGCCCUCUGUGCAGCCAGGUGCUCCGUGGGGAGCUCCCUCCACGGCCUGGUCAGACCACAUCAUGAGGCCUGGCCCCUCGGGGAAGGACUGCAGCUACCUGGAGUGGACAGCAGGCGAGGAAGGCAAGGAUGGGGACAGCUCGGUGUCAUCGGGCCGCCUCUCUGGCUCCUCGGGGGGCCAUGAGUCAUGCACACAGCCCCACAGGCCCUGGAAGGAGAGGCCCCCCCAGGAGCUGGGGUCCCCGCGGCAGCCCAGGGAGAGCAACCCACGGCUGGAGCAGCUGAGGGACAAGAUCCGGGCCCAGGUGCGGUGGCAGGCCAGCUGUGCCUCCCUGGGCACCUCGAUACCCUCCAGCGCCUCGCACCUCUACCAAGCCUCCACACCAGCCCCCCGGAAGAGGGCCCGAAAGCUGAAGCACCCCCCUCAGGCCCCGGCCUACCCAGGCUUAGGCAUCCUGAGUGCGGCUGAGCGUGGAGCUGAAGACAAGGCUGUCCUUGGCCAGCGGCGUGAACCCUCCAGGGUCUCCCAGCAACAGGAGGCAGUUCCGUGGGAGAAAACCAAAAAGACAAAAAGUGGUUCUUGCAAAAGAGAGAAGGCCCCCAAGUCGCCCACCCCCAGAAGAGCCGCCAAAGACAAGGGAGACAGCAAGAAAGUUGGGGCUGCUGCGAGCUCCCCAGUCUGUCGGAUGCCCAGUCGUCCAGCCUCUGUGCGCAGUGACCCACAGGCGUCUGCCAACACGCCCAACCUGACUUCCUGCAAGCAGCCCAGGAGCGUCCAAUCUGCCAUGACCAUCCUUCGAGAACUCCGCCAGCAAAUCCAGGCAGGGCUGCAGUUGGCCCAAGACCGGCAGCUCAGGGGAGGGCAGGAGCGCCAGUCAUCGAAGCUGUGGCUGCGGGAGGACUCAACAGGGAGGAGGCACCAGGGCCCCUGCAGUGCCCCCGAUGCGCGGGAAUCCUUCUUGAAGCGUCCUCAGGCCAUAGCAGAGGGGACGCACCCCUCCUUAGAGAGGGAUGGGAGUUUUCCCACCAGGCAGCACUGGAGCACCUGGACCAGGUGGGGGUCCUGUCCGCAGAGGGCCCGGUCAGCCCAAGGACGGGACUCCUCCUUCCAGAGAUCUGGCAGCACCCCUGAAAGGCUGACCUGCUUCCCUUCGCGGCCCUGGAGUGCCUCAGCGGGGCAGAGGACCCGGGCCACUUGUGAGAACUGGGAGGCCCCUUCCAGAGGACCAUGGAACCCCCUGGAAAAGCCGAGCCCUCCUGCCCAGCGGCCCCAGAGCACUUCCUUCACACAGAGGGCUGGCACCCCAUGCAAGGGCAGAGGCUCCCUGCUGCUGCCCUCCGGAGCGAAGCACACCUGGCCAAGGCCCACCCACAGCGCCCCUCAGAACGCACCUAGGAAGGAGAACGAAGCCCGGUUGCCGCCCCCCUGCCCGAAGCUCCAGGGGCUCCUGGGCCACCCUUACAGCUCCGAGUGCCUGCGGGAGUUCAUGCGCCAGAAGACACUGGAACGGAGGCAGCGGGCCCUGGAGGAGAAGGCCAAGGCCGUGCGGGCACUGGACCUGAGAAACCAGCGGCUGCAGGACAUCUAUAGGAAGCAGAGGGAGGCCGUCCUGGGCAGAGGCAUCCCUGGCAAAGCCUUCCCCGUGGUCUCCCAGACCAAUCCCGGCAUCGUGACCUUUGUUCCACAUUCUGCACAGUCCAGGGACCUGGAAGCCCCCGGAAGCCUGGGGUCACCCGUGCUGCAGUGGAGCAAGGUGACUUCCGGCAUGGUGCUGGGGGACCAGGAGGCCCCAGGCAGCUUCUGCCUGUGUUUGAACAGAGCCUUGAGCCACACCGAGACUCUGGGGACGGGGGUUCCCCAGGAAGGCUGGGAUGGCACUCCCCUGCUGACAUCUGCCACUGGCUCUCUGGGCCCCCCGAAGCUCCAGGACCCGACCCCCCAUGCCCCACACCCGGGGCUGUGCAUCUAUCUGGACUCCGAGGAGGCCGAGCGCCUCGGCACGCCGGGCCCCCUGCACUUCCGGUACAAGCAGGCCCGGCUGCAGGCCCUGGAGACCAUGGCCAACAUCCUGAAGCAGCGGAUCGAUGUCUUGACUGCCAAGCUUCUCAGGUCCGAGGCAGCGGACUCUCUCGGGGACCUGGUCUUGGGCUCUCUGCCCUCGUGCCCCAGCGCCGUGCCUGUGGCAGCCACAGCUGCAGCCCCAGUCUGUCCUGGAGGCUUGGUGCCCAGCAGGGGCAGAGGGGCUCCCUGGGACUGGGCAGACAUGCAGGCCCAGACUCUCCUCUCUCCCACCUGCUCCCUGGACGGAGGGACGCCGCUGUGGACCCCCAGCUGGGAGGCGAGGCGGAGCCUGAGCUCGAGGGGCCACCUCGCCAGCAAGACCCGAGGUUUCAUGGACGUCGGACGUUUGGAGCUGGACGAGAGGCUGGCGAGAAACACGGCUUCCUUCCAGGUCCUCAGGCCCUUCACAGGGAGCUCACGCAGGGUGCCAGCCCCACCGGACCCCACCUGCAGCUCGCUGUGGCUGGAGGAGACACCGUCGGCCAGAGGGGCAGGCUUGGUCGCGCCCUGGACCAUGCAGAGCUGCGGUCAGCAGGAGCAUGGCAGGCUGCGUGCCGGGCACCUCUCCGACAUCCAGCAGAAGUCCCUGAGCUUUCUUCAGUCACUGAAGCUGGACCAGCAGAAGCAGGAGCAGGCACUGGCCCACCUGCGGCAGCGGGCGGAGAUGGAGGUCUGGGAGACACAGAAGGCUCUGGAUGAGAUGCUCUUCAAACACCAGCUGCAGAGGCUGAUGGAGAAACACGAAACCCAGGCCAGGCCAGGAAUAGCUUCGGAGCUGGAGCAGCUACUGCUGUGUGGGGACCUGGAUAGGAAGACCUCUUGGAGCAACGUGACAGCCAGACCAAGAUCACACCCACCCCUGGGCACAGACGCUGCCAUGCCCUCCCAGGGUGCCAAGGAAGGAUGGCAGAGUCCAGUGGGCAAGUCCGCUUCUGCAGAGCCCAUGCAGGAAGGGAGGCCAGACGAAGCCCACUCUCAACUGCCCCAGGCCAGGCUCUACCCUUGGGACCACCCCACCCAGCAGAUGCUGGAGCAGAGUGUGGAGCAGAGUCUGCAAGAGGAAGAACUCCGUGCACAGCACCAGGCUGCGCUUCUGCGCCUGCGCGAGAAGGCUCUGGAGGAGAAGAUGCGCGCGGAGCUGGCUUGGCUGGAGCAUUGGCGAGGGUGUCUGGGCAGCACGGGGCACUACACUGCACUGGUAGCCUUGGUGGAGAAGCAGCAGCACGUCCUCAGCGACCUCGAGCGGGAGCAGAGGGAAAUCCAAUGCCUGCGGAACAGUCACCUGUUGUCGCAUCGAGAGAGGACACUGCUCCUGCAGCACACCUGGGACACACUCUUCAUGCAGAGGUCCCUGGCCCGCCUGCAGCAGGAGCUUCAGGCCCCGCCCCGGCUUUCUCAGAGUCCCAGCCCCGAAAUCAAGGCUGCCCGGGAGGCGGGCUCUGAGGCAAACCAGCGGCCAGAGGGGACUACACAGGGCUCCUCGUGUCCCCUGACACCACACAGGCCUGGCAGCCCCUGGAGAAGCCCUGAGAGCCUGCAAGCCCCACAGCUUCUCACCCAACAGCAAGACGGGACACCCCCUAGGACAACUUCAGCUUCGGACAGUCACCCGCAGCCCCCGAGGUCAGCAUGGGGGGAGGACACAGCCGCGGACCAUGGCUGGCCUGACGCCCGGGGCCAGCUGGUGGACAGCGGCAGCCAUAUGGACCCAGAGUCUGGGGAGCAGCCUUGUGUCCCUCUACCAAGCCCUCAGCAGGUGACCUCUCUGGAUGUCGGAUGGCCUCUGGGCCCGGCCUUUCCUACUGCGGCGGGUGAGGCAGACGGGAGCGUCCCUGCAGCUGAGCUCCAGUUCCAGCAGACGAAGGAGCCGCCCCUGGGAGACCCCCAGACCAAUCCCAGCCCACCAUCAGCAGAGGAGGAGACCCGGGCUCUGAUGGAAAGUAAUGCUGGGAGCUUCCAAGGCCCAAACCAGCAGUCCCAGGGCGGAGGGGGACCCCGCAGCCCCCAGGAAGCCAGUGUGGCUGAAGGCGGUGCAGGCCGUGCAGGGGCGGAGUCAGGGCUGGACUUUGUCGGCAGCCCCGUGGAGAAGUCCCCAGAAACAGAAAGCUGGUGGUCAGGGGAGCCGAGGACAGGGACCUGUUGGCAGGAGGACGCCCACAACCCCUUCUGGCAGGAAGCUGCCCAGGUGAUGCCUGUACAGACUACCUGUCCAGCUCCUGCAGCAGCUGAGGAGGCCGCGCCCCCCACCCAGCACCGGAGCAGUCCCCUGCCCCAGCUCCCAGCCCCCUUGGCCCUGGGCUCUUCUUCCGAGUCUGCCCCCAGGACCUGCUCGGGGUCUUCUGUGCGGUCCCGAGCCUCCUCCUCUGCCAGCAGCCUGUCCUUUCCCUCCCUCCAGGAGUUCCAGAAAGUGUCAGCCGUCCUGGUCCAGCUUUCUGAGAGCUCCGUCUCCCUGUCGGACUGGGAAGCUGGGGAGGCCCCAGACGCAGACCUGAUUUGGUCUGGGGAGUCCUCCCCUCGAGGCUCCUGGGAGCUGCACCAGGGUGGAGGGUGGGUGCCUUGGGAGAGGCCGGAGGGCAGUGGGGCCAGUCCCCUGCUGGGCUUCUCCACUGUGCUGGGAGGCCCAGAAUUGGCGCUAGGCCUCCCGCAGGCCAGCCAGCAGCCACCUCUCCUCCAUGUCCCCUCUCCCAGGUCGGGGUCAGAACUGUCAGAGGCAUCCAGCGAGGUCUGGGAUGAGGAUGACCUCCCGGAGCCUGGAGCUGGUGCCCAGCCAGCCUCAGGGCAGACCUGGCCUGCAGGAGGUUCCUCCGGCCUGGAAAACGGCGAGGCACCCCAAACGGCACUUCCCUCUUUGGGCCCUGGGAUGGGGCAGGAAGCUUCUGGAACUAGUGGGAGCCUGACCAGUGGAUCGAACACAGGAAAGGCCAAACGGACGUCCCCUGAAGCUGCUUGCAUGGUGUCCCCAUCCAAAGUCUCUUCCUCCAGUGACUUAGACCUUUCCCUUUCCAUUCCCUCGGGGUCCUCGGUAUCUGAAGGGGCAGAUUUUGGCAAAGGAGGAGAGACCAGGCCUCCACAGGCCUCACCUGGUCGCCCAGAGGAGCCCUGGGAAGCUGACCUGAGUCCAUCCACUGACAGGAAGCCCCUGCAGGCCUUGCCAGAGCCUGAAGUUCCCGUGAGCCUACAGGCUCCUCCUGGGAACCCCAGUGAGCUGGCAGGUCUGACAGCUGAGAGCCGGGCUCCUGAGCAUGGGGGCAGUGGAGCACCCCCUGUCCCUGAGGAAGACCGCCCCCCUCUGGCCGGUGUCCUGCCUGAGAUCCUGUCCCCAGUGGACGAGGUGCUGUCUUAUGGCAGUGCCGACCUGCCAUCCUCCACCCACAGGGGUGCCCUCUUCCCUCUGCCGCCUCCCACCCUCUCAGCAGAGAGUGGGGCCACCGCCAGCCCCCACUCAGAAGACUUCCCUUCCCCACCUGAAGACACCAUGUCUCCUGGGGGCUCUCUGGGCCCCCCAGAAGAGGACGCCUCCAUCAGCACUGGCGAGUUGCCCUCAUCUGAGGAGGGGCUACCUGAGGCACUGUCCCUGGGGCCCCAGGAGUCUGGGCUCUGCCUGGGCGAAGGUGCCCCGGGUGGAAGCCUUGGGGACGGAUUAGAGGAAUCGAGUUCCACCGCGGGGGACCAGGCUGUGGGAGGCCCGUGGUCUGCACCCGGCUGGCUAGGGUCUCCCUUGUGUGUGGGGGCAGGCGAUGCCCCAGUGCAGCCCCCACCUCUGUCCAGAACGGCCUGUGUGGCUGGCGAGGGUCUGCCAACACUGUUGACGGCUGGCGACACAGGGCUGUCUGGGUGCGGGGACCCAGCUCCUGCUCUGCACGUGGGCCCCUGCACUGAGCUCCCCGGUGUGGAGCAGGCCACGGUGCUGGAUCUGGUCUCCACCCAGCUCAGCAGAAGGAUCUUGUGCGACACGCUAGCUGUGCUCUCAGAGCUGGCUCAGCCGGGCAGCUCGACGACGGAGGGGUUGGCCGAUGCUAGCCCUGCCCCUGGGCCUCACACAGCGGCCACAGGCCCGUCUCGUGGAAGAUGGGACUUCUGAGCAGAGUGUGUUGGGGAUGGUGAUGCACAGACGUCGGUGAUCCCCUUGUAAGGUUGCGUGUGUGUGUGCGUGUGU